UCUGCAAUUUUCUCCUUUUGGGUCCUUCCCCCGCUUCUUCUAUUCUCGUUAAUUACUUCUUCUUUUCCAUCGUUCGCAAAGUGAAGGAAGUCGCGGUGCAGCUAGUAAAGUUUUCACAAUCUAAAGCUGAAAAGAUCGAUCCUAUAAAGACAGUAAUAAGAAUUAAGGCAGGAGGAGGCGGAGGGUCAACAUGCCACCUCGCAGAUACGCAUUUGGGAGGGCUGAUGAGGCCACUCAUCCAGACUCUAUGAGAGCCACCUUGGCUGAAUUUCUCUCCACUCUCAUUUUCGUCUUUGCCGGUGAAGGCUCAAUUCUUGCUCUUGAAAAGAUGCACAUGGAUACCCGUACAACGCCUGCAAGACUGGUGAUGGUAGCACUUGCGCACGCCCUGUCGCUGUUUUCAGCAGUGGCAGUCAGCUUUAACGUUUCCGGUGGCCACGUCAACCCAGCAGUCACCUUUGGUGCGCUUCUGGGAGGAAGGAUCUCGUUUAUCCGUGCUGUUUACUACUGGGUUGCUCAGCUCUUAGGUGCUAUUGUGGCUUGUCUCUUGCUGCUGGUCACUGCUGGAAUGCGGCCUGCGGGGUUCACUGUGGCGUCUGGAGUUGGGGAGUUACGUGGUCUUGUACUAGAGAUAGUGCUGACAUAUGGUUUGGUGUACACUGUAUAUGCAACAGCAAUUGAUCCCAAGAGAGGAAGCCUGGGGACAAUAGCACCGCUGGCCAUAGGCUUAAUCGUUGGAGCUAACAUCCUGGUAGGCGGGCCAUUUGACGGAGCAGCCAUGAACCCGGCCAGGGCCUUUGGUCCUGCCUUGGUAGGAUGGAGGUGGAACAAUCACUGGAUCUACUGGGUGGGUCCGUUGCUUGGGGGAGGUUUAGCUGGUGUCAUAUACGAGUACAUGAUCAUCCCCGCAGAGCCUCCACACCACACGCACCAGCCCUUGGCCCCUGAAGAUUACUAGUCAUUUUCAUUAAAUUUCUUGUGCUUCUGGGAGGUUUUGAACUCGCUUUUUUUAAUUUUCUGUGUAUGGUACCUCUUGCGUCUUUUUUCUUACUUUGUCAGUGCUUUUCUCCUCUGUUUGUGUAUCAAUUCCUUAGAUGUUUGUAUGCAUUUUUAUGACAAGAAUAAAA